AUGGCUUCCCUAACAGGAAGCUCCCAAGAGGAGCGCCGGUGGUUAGUGGUGGGUAUUGCUCUUCAUUGUGUCCUUACUCCAUGCCUCAGAGAUAAGAUCGAAGCUGAAUUGAUUCCAUUUUACCAACAUUUGGUGCUGAGCUUUGGAGUGGACAAACAAACGUUCACAUCUUUCAUGAAGAAUAUUCCACCGUCCACGGCGAACUUGAACUAUGAGAGUAUCAACAAUAACCGCACUGCCACGCACCGCAGUCACUACGACUACCGUAUAAAGGAUGAAGUGUCUUUGGCCAAGCUGUUUAUGAAACCUUUCAUGGCUCAGUUUAAUGCGUUUGACGACGCCUUCGACUCCUCAGCAGCCCUUGCAGUUCUCUGUGGAGCCUCACCAUUUGCGUCGGUCAAACCGAUUGCUGAGGAUGUGAGAUUGAAAGUUCGUAAUGAGUGGGCCCAUUGCGACUUCACAAUUUGGACAGAGGGACAAUUUGACACUUGUUUUUACCUCAUGGACGCUUUGGUAACGAACUUGGGAAUUCCUACAACUGAUGAAGCACGAAUUUUGGAUGAGCUUAAGUUAUGGAGAACAAAAGGUAACAAUGUAAUACAAUACAAUGCAAUGCAAUGAAAUGCAAUACAAUACAAUACAAUGCAACACAAUUAUACAUCUUUUAUUGGACUGUUUAGUGUGUAGUAUCGAGGGAUAUUUUUACGAGUCACCUUGUAUUUUGGCGAAGUUGUCGUUGACUGGUUAGAAAUGAAAACUUGCCAAACUGGCAUAGUUAGUAAAUCGAUUUUUUUUCGGGUUUUUGGGACCCUUCGAGCAUCUGUCUUUCAAACAUUUUCUAGGAAACAGAGAUCGAAUGACAAAUAAUUGUAAGGCUUAUGAUGGUCUUUCGGUUUUUCGUAAUAUCGACUGCAAGUAGAAAACUGAGCGAAGCAAAUUGCGAUAGAAAGACGAAAAAUCUCGAACAAAUUCAGAGAGUUUCAGAGCACUACUCGUAAACAACGGACUUGAAACCUCAUCUUCGCGGGAUUAACAGCAACAAAAAGUAUUUGGCAAACGUGUAGAGUCUAUCAUGUCGAGUUUCCUCAAAUUUUAAAGGAACUAGAAGGGACGAUUGUUCAGUUCAUUUGGUCAUUUUAAAUUCACUUUUCUAGUUUGUAGUACCAAAAGCCCAGAUUUUACUACCAGCUAUAAUAAAUUUGAAAGGAAAUGCUAAAUUAAAGUAAGGUACAUGUAACAAUGCUAUCAUCAGACUAGAAAUAAAAACGUAUUACAUAUUGUAUUACAAAAUGAUUGUCAAGGUUUGGUCGCCAUAGUAAAGAUAAUCGUGACGUACACGUCAAUGAGACUUUCAAGUGUUCCCAGAUAAAUUGUAGAUGACAUCGCUAAGUAUAGGGGUCAUAGCAUGACCGUUUUUUAAGUUAGUUAACUUUAAAGUUGGUGAGGGUCGUUAACCCCUUCCCCCAACCCGUCGCAAAAGUGUUGAAAUUUGUCUUAGCGAAAAAACAAGACAAAACAAAAAGGGCGGGUAGGUAUUUUGAUUGAACAUCAGCUGCACGACUAUUCCUGUGAGGUGUUCAAGCGUCACGUAUUGAAUGGAUCACGCAAUAACUUGCCUGCAAUCUUUUCUCCCAGGACAGGACAUUUGUCUUGGCAAACCACUUGAUGACACACUUCUUCAACUCAUACACAAGGAAGUUCACCAACUUUCCGAGUCCUUGAAUAAUCAUGCAGAGCAAGAUAAUCGUAUAAGCGCAACCCUUAAUCUACUUAAGUGUGAGUUUGAAAGAGCCGUUGAGUCCCUUCAAGAACAGCAAGCUUCCACGGAGAUCACUUGCAAAGAUCUAAGACAAAAGCAAGAAAUCAUUACAGAAGAUGUGAAGGUUUGCUGUGAAACAACGCAGAAAUUGGAAGGUCGCUGUAAACGUCUGGAGGCUAAAAGCGCUUUUAUGAAGGAGGAUUUGGAAUUAUUACUAACAGCCGUAAAAAGCUCACAUUUAAAAGAUUUCAGUGAUAUUGUCUUUGAUGCCCCAGAGCAAACCAAGUGGUUUACAGGAAGAGAAAAGGAAAUUAAGAACCUUGAAACGUUCCUUCCACUGAACGAACGCAACGGAUUAAAAAUGGCAGCCAUUUGUGGUCUCGGAGGAUGUGGAAAAAGUGCUUUAGCAACUCACUUUGCUUGGAAACGUAAACACGAAUACGAAGGUGGUGUGUUUUGGAUCUCCAUGGAGGACGACAGAAAAUUUGAGAACUCUGUAAACGACUUAGCCUUGCGUUUAGGUAUCGAAGCAAAUUCAUUUGAUUUCACGCUACCCAAACUUCUUACGUGGAUCUCCAAGCAAGAAAAACCUUGGUUGUUGGUUCUUGAUGAUGUCGACCAACUAAACCUCUCUGAAAAUAUGCACGUGGUUUUGUCUGGUCGGUGGAAAAGACGAGCAAGCGGACAUAUCUUGCUAACAACAAGACGUGAACCAAAGGAGGUGUCCAGUUCGGUGGAUCUUAAGCCGUCUUGCUGUGUUGAGGUUUUCUCCUUCUCACCAGAGGAAGCCAAGAGUUUUCUUCUUGCUCGAUGUGGAACUGUCACUGAUGGAAAGGAGAUGGAGAUAGAUGAACUGGUGCGCGAGCUUGGUUGUCUUCCUCUUGCUUUGGAACAGGCUGGUGCACACAUUAAAGCCCUUCAGUGCUCAAUAGCAGACUAUCUUGAAUCGUACAAAAUUCAGCGGGUAAAAUUAUUAAGUGAGCAUCCGCGUGAAAAACCUUCAUGGGAGUAUGAGUCUCAGAAUCGACUUGCAGUGCACACUACGUGGCUUUUAAACUUUGAGUACGUCAAAAAAUCACCUCAAGGAGAAUUGGCAUCCAGAUUUCUUCAAGCCUCAGCAUUUUUUGCACCGAAUGAGAUUCAGGAAGAUUUAAUCAACUGUGACGUGCUCUCAACUGAUGAUAUUUGUAACUUUCCGAUAGUGAAAAGUCAGAUCGUAGAAAUUUUGACCAGGUUUUCGCUUUUCCAUAGAGAGAGCUCCCGGUCCCUUGGAUUGCACCAUCUGGUUCAGGAAGUCAUGCGAAACAAAAUGAGUAUUCAAGAAACUGUCACAUCGAUGCUUACAGCGGUAAAACUUCUUUAUUAUUCCUUUCAAGAUUGCCCUUCGCCGGACGAGGUUCUUUCUUAUAUCACUUCAAGUGAACAAGAACAACCUUCUGCGUUCUUAACAAACAGAUCUCGAUUCUUUUUGUGGUCUAAACUAACAACACAUGCUUCCCAGCUGCAACAGCAUUUAAAAGCAUUGCUGUAUCAGCAGAACAUCGAAAGAGAAGUCAAAGCAGCCGUUUUCACAUAUGAGACGUCUCGUGUUAUUUAUGAAAAUGCCGUUCAUUUAAGUGCUCAUGGACAUCAAGCAGAGGCCAAGGAAACUGAGCAAUUUGCAUUUCAUAUUUUUGAUUCUUGUCCAGGUGAUGAGAAGCCAAUUUCUGGCAAUGAUUUGACUAAACUAUUUCCAUUAACCGUGCCUCUUCCUUAUUUGAUUCAAAAAACUCUUUUGUAUUCAUCUCGACAACCAGGCGAGAGCUCAGCGAAGUUCCAAGGAGACGCAAGUGAACAAAGCGAAUUUAUAGAUGAACUUCGUUUACAAGGAAACACGCUAUUCAAAAAAGGCCUUUUCAAAGAAGCAGCCGAAAAAUACACAGAAGCUCUGGAAGCAAGUAGGGAAGGAAAGCAACCAGAUCCACGCCUUCUAAAUAAUCGUGCAACUGCUUAUCUCAAACUGGAAAAGUUUCAAGAAUGUCUUCAAGAUUCUGAGGAGUAUAUUAAGAUUCUGCCCUCCUGCUGGAAAGGAUACACAAGGAAAGCCUUGGCGCUAAAUGAACUUGGAUUGCAAGCUUCUGCCCUAUGCUCUGCGGCCAUUGCGUACUACCACAACGCCUCCUGUUGCCGUCGGUACGAGGCAUUCGCAGACGCGUUCAAAGACCUGGAUGGCAAGUGGAAGGUUAUUGACUCCUCCCCGACCCUGCAACGCUCGUUAGAAACGAACCAGAAAGGAUGUUCGCAGGGGAAAAUUAUCCUUUUACGAAAUGGAGAGUACAGUUUCAAGGACACCAGUGACAUCAGGGACAUCACAUUAACCGCCCUUGAAAAUAGUUCAGAAGUCAGUAUAACCUGCGAUGAGAAUGUUUUGCGAGGAAAGUGCUUUUUCCAGAACAUUGUCUUUUCCGCAAAGGUGACCCUUCAGGUUGGCGAAGAUGCCUGUGUGGAGUUCCGAAACUGUAGUUUUCGGAAUCUUACAUCGAGUUCAAUGGUGUUAUUUGUUAAUGGCGUCGCAACUCUCUUAGAAUGUACAGUCAGAGAUAGCAGAGGAGGUGGAAUAUUCUUGCAGGGACCUAACUCUUCAGUGACAAUGGUUAAAUGUGAGAUCAGUGGAAACGGAAGAAAAGAGAAUUCAUUCGCCUAUGGAAUAAGAGUGUUUAACCAUGGGCGUUUGUUGGUUCAUAAAUGUCGCAUCUACGGCAAUGUCAGGGGAAUUUGGAUCGAUGAGGGUCCAAACGGCCUUCCAGCAAAGGCCGCUGUAAUAACAGAUUGCGAGAUUUAUGACAAUAAAUACGAAGGCAUUGUUGCAGGCGCAAUGACGGGGUUUCCACAUGAUUUUACUAAUGUUAUUAUACGCAGAAACAGGAUUUAUCACAAUGGCACAUUUGGCAUCCGCGCGACGUUUGAUAUCAAUAACAUUUUAUUCGAAUCCAAUACCGUUUUUGAAAACCUUUGGUGGGGAGUUUACGUUCACAACAACUCCGGUGGUGUUUAUAAAGACAAUGAGAUAUGCAACAACAAAAUGGGAGGUAUAAGGGUCGGGUACCAAACUCCAGAAAAGACACCCUGUGUGGUGAUAAAUAACUCCAUUCACCACAAUUGCGGGCCAGCCUUUUACGAGGGACUUCGUUUCUCAGAACGAAAUGUAUUCCCGGAAGAAUUACAAACAUAUUUCAUGAAAGCACAAGAUGAAAGAUGGUUUUCAUCGAAGAAUGUGUCUUUUCCGAAUAUGGUAUCGGCAGAGUUUAGUUUUGGUUCCAAUCAUUGUGUCCAAAAUGGUUAUGGAGAUAGACGGUUAAAGGCUUCCGUUAAGUUGCACUGUGUCUUUUGCUUUCAACGUGAUUCUUCCUUGAAAUUGUGCAAACGCUGUAUGACAGCAGCUUACUGUAGCAAAAAAUGUCAAAUAUUACACUGGCAAAAGCACCAGUACACGUGCAAAGCUACUGGACAAAGGAACACUAUCGAGCUGACCUUUCAAGAGUCUAUUCAUGGUAUUUGUGUCUUGAAAGGCCACCCUAGUUUGAAACCUAGUGGUCCAGAUUUCUAUCCAGCUCCCCCAAGAGAUGGAAGUCGCUUUAUUGUGAAAAUACAAACCUUUGAAGCAAAUGAGUUUUCAGGCGUGAUAGAUAUGAGAGGGUUUCUCAGUGAUGCGCAAGACCCAAAUAAAGCUACAAUGCUACUUUAUGAUCGGAGCCGCCAUGUCAGCCUUCACUUCAGCGGUAAACCACAACUGUUUCAUUUAAUAAUGGAAUUCGGGAUGAUGGGGAGGAGUAUGUCUCUCACGAAGAAAUUGUACUGUUGGGCGGCAAUCAAUGAUGCCAAGACGCUUCGAAUUUUUUCUCACGAAUUCCCCGAAGUGCAAGAUUGGUAA